UCAGCUCCUGCAGGCUCGGACCGGGUGCCCGGCACACACCAUGGGACAACACGUGGGACAGUCGUGCUCUCCUACGCAGAUGAACACUCGUGUGAUGGGUAUAAGCAGCAGCACCGGAAGGUGUAUUUUCCAUCCACAUACUAUACAGAUCGGAGGUACGAUAGUUACGUGACGCGGCAGUAGCUCGGACUUUCAUAAUUACGUAAGCACUUCAGCGGCUGAGGCUCUCCCUAAUAACAAAUAUCAUUAAAGUAGUAUCAUUUUUAACCACAAUGGAUUCUACAGCCACGAAAGAAGCAGAGAAACACUGCGUCCUGUGCUGCCAAGAAGUCGAUAUCUUCGCCUUGGGAAAAUGCGACCACCCGGUUUGUUACCGCUGCUCCACCAAAAUGAGGGUGCUGUGCGACCAGAAGUACUGCGCUGUGUGCCGGGUGGAGCUCGACAAGGUGGUGUUUGUGAAAAAACUGGAGGCCUUCUUGUCUCUGCCCUAUCAGCAGUUCCCCUGUGAGAAGAAGCAUGAUAUCUAUUUCAGUGACGAGAAGAUCUAUGCCCAGUACAGGCAUCUGCUGUUGCCAGAGUGCCUCCGCUGUUCAGAGCCUAAGGUCUUCUCAAAGUUUGAGGAGCUGGAGUACCACAUGAGGAAGCAGCACGAGCUCUUCUGUUGCAAACUCUGCACGAAGCAUCUCAAGAUUUUCUCCCAUGAGCGCAAGUGGUACAACCGUAAGGAACUGGCACGCCACCGAGCACAUGGAGACCCGGACGAUACCAGUCACAGAGGACACCCACUCUGCAAGUUCUGCGAUGACCGCUACCUUGAUAAUGAUGAGCUGCUUAAACAUUUGCGCAGGGACCACUACUUCUGCCAUUUCUGUGAUGCCGAUGGUUCCCAGGAAUACUACAGUGAUUAUCCGUACCUGAGCGAGCACUUCAGAGAGAGUCACUAUCUUUGCGAGGAAGGUCGCUGUGCCACAGAACAGUUCACCCAUGCAUUCCGCACUGAGAUCGACUACAAGGCCCACAAGGCCGCAGCACACAGCAAGAACCGAGCAGAGGCUCGACAGAACCGCCAGAUCGACCUGCAGUUUAACUACGCCCCAAGACAACAGAGGAGAAAUGAAGGUGUGGUGUCAGGUGAGGACUAUGAGGAGUUGCGUAACUGUCGAGGUGGUAGAGGAGCAAGGCCUCAGGGUGGGCAGAAGAGCUGGAGGUACUCCAGGGAGGAAGAGGACAGGGAGAUGGCAGCUGCUAGGAGGGCGUCCCUGGCGAUGCGUAGACAGGAAGAGAGAGGAGCCGUGCAAGAGAAGAGCGCCCCCAAACAUUGCAGAGAGGAGAGGACGGAGAGAACAGAACCAGAGGAGCCCAGACACAGGACUGGAAACCUCAAACCAACAAAUAAACCUCCAGUGAGAACAAUGAAGAGCACUAAUCCAGAAGAAGAUGACUUCCCAGCGUUAGGAGCCACAGCUGCCACACCAAUUGUAAAGCCAGUUCCUGUGGCCCUAACUGCACCCCGUGCGACUUUAAAGGAAGACGAUUUCCCGAGCCUCUCAACUGUCACUGUCUCAUCCCCGAUGACCCCGGCUUACUCUGCCCAACCUAAAAAGACAUCCUCUUUUCAAGAGGAGGAUUUCCCCGCUCUCGUGUCCAAAAUCCGGCCCCUCAAAACCACAGCUGGCAGAAACUCCGCCUGGUCCAACCACACUGCCGUGGCCAAACCCGCUUCUCAUCCUCCUCCUUCCUCCAGACCUCCACCUCCGCUCUCAUCUGCAUCCUCUGGCCCUCAGCCGCUCUCCUCAUCGACCUCUUCGUCUUCACGCAGGAAAAAGAAAGUGGGGGAAAACGGGAAAGCAGCAUCUAAUCGGUCUCCUCCGUCAUCUGAUGAUGAGAGUGGAGGACUGACACAGCAGGAGUUCCGCUCGGUGCCCACCAUGUUGGAUAUCUCCUCUCUGCUCACUGUUAAAGGAGGCAACAGCAAAGCCCCUACCAUGACCUCCAACCCUCCAAACCCCAACCCAGAUCCUCCUACCUCGAAAGCCAGCAAGAAGAAAAAACAGCAGAAGAACACGGCCACUCCCUCGACGUCUGUGUCUUCUGUGUCAGGGAUGACGCAAACUGUAAGCGCAAAGUCAGUGGAGACGGCAGCACAGAAGGAGAACGUCCCUGAGAAGACUUGGAACAAACCAAAUUCCAGUGUGGUGACAGCGGCAACGACGACUGGAUUGGCUAAUGGCCACCCUGAGAAGUCACCACCCGUUAUUAAGAAGGCGGUUACUGUGACCCCUCAUCCCAACACAGACCCCCCUCUUGAACAGGAGGAAGAGUUCCCUGCUCUAAUGACCAAGAACCCUCCACCAGGUUUCAAGAGCUCCUUCCCGAUAAAAGUCUCAGCUCCUGCCCCAUCCUCUGCUCUGCCCCCACCUCCACCUGGCCUGGGCAUCUCAGCCACUAAACCUCCCCCGGGAUUCACCGGGAUCCCCCUCAAUAGCAAUGUGGUGGAGCCGGCUCCUUCUCCAGUCAACCCACCGCCCAAGGUGUCAAGUAGUGGCUACCUGGUGCCAGACGACUUCCAUCAGAGGAACCUGGAGUUGAUCCAGUCCAUUAGAAAGUACCUCCACAACGAUGAGUCAAAGUUCAACGAGUUCAAAAACUACUCUGCACAGUUCAGACAGGGUGUGAUAUCAGCCGCCCAGUACCACCGCAGCUGCAAGGACCUGCUCGGAGAUGAUUUUAACCGCAUCUUCAAUGAGCUCCUGGUGCUAUUGCCGGACACUGGUAAGCAGCAGGAGCUCCUGACUGCCCACGGAGACUGCCGGGCAAUGGAGAAGCAGUCAGGUGGUGGAGGAGGAAAGAAAAACAAGAACAAGAAGAACGCCUGGCAGAUGCCGACCACAGCGGCUAACGCUGCAGCUGAGCUGGACUGCCAGGUGUGUCCCACUUGUAGACAGGUACUUGCCCCCAAAGACUUUAACUCCCACAAGACCCUGCACAUCAGGGAGAAUGAGGAGUUCCCUUCCUUGCAAUCAAUUAGCCGUAUCAUCAGCUAGCCCCUUGUUUUUUUUUCUCUGCUCCGUUCGCCAUUUUGGGGGCCAAUUUUCAGUUGCUCCUGCAGCCCUGCAACAGCCAGUCUGGAAAACAGCAGCCUGUUUCCUGUGUGACCACGUCCCAGUGGAGUUUGGGGCUUAUAUCUCUAACUUCUUGAAUUGGAAUUUAAGAUGGUUUAUGAUGUUUGUAGUUUUAUGGGAAUUCUGUUGAUAGAUUUGUGUGAAUGGUUUCACAGUUAAUGCACACAAACACACACGGUUGCCCCAUUUCAACUCCCAUUUCCACUCACAUCCUUUGAGGAUGUCUCCAGCUGGCACUGGCACUUGCAACGUCUAAUCAGAACUGUCAAUUUAUUUAAUGAAAGGGAGAGACGAGCUUGAAUGCAUCACUCCCUGAUACAAGAUACAAUGAUGGUAUUGAUUUACUUUUUUUUUUCUUUCUUUUUUUUUAAAACUUGCUUUGCAUUUUCACAAAAUGUAUUUUGUUAUCAUCAAAGUUGAUAAAAUAUGUUUGAUUCCCCAGCGGGGCUGCUUGAAUAAAUAAGAAUUCAGUACCAUAUUUAUUUAAGUGUAGCUGUUUUUAAUUGUUUGUCAUGGUGGAAAACCUGUUAAGUGUUUUGAAUGACUGACUGGGUUUUUCCCUGUCAGAGGUGUCAUGUGGUAGGGUGAGUGACAGGAAGUAAGCUGCUUUGGGAAAUAGAACAAAAUUUGGUUUAUAUUUGAAUGUUCACAUCACUCACUAUUUGACUUAUUGAUUGGUGGAUUAGUUAAUCAGUGCACCUGCGAGUUUUCCAGAGUUCAAAUGAUAUAUCUAAUUUUUAAGGGUUAGUGGUAAAAUGAGACAAUAACUGCAAUAACUGUUUCUCAUUUUGUUUUGAGAUAUCAUGAAAAAACUCCUCGUACUCAGUCAUGAUUAUGGAAGCCCUAAGUGGUCAUGCAUACAUUUUAUUUACUCAAGUUAUUUUGGAGAUAGCGCUGUCCUGAGAUUGCAGGAUCAUUUUCUUGUCAUCUUGAGAUGACAAGACUUUAUUUUCCUGAUAUAACAACAUUAAUUCAAGAUUAAGAUAAUGAAUCAAAUGUAAUAGAUGUGAGAUUUCCAUCACACAUUCCACACAUCAUGCCAUGCUGAACUGAUGCUAACUGAUGGAUGUGACACACUGAUUGAUAUACGCCUGCUCCACUGACGUUGCUACACUGAAUGAUGUUUUCUGUAAUGAUUUAUCGUACUAGACUAUCCUUUUAUUUUUGUUUUCAAGAAAACAAAAUCAUUAGGUCAAGAUAUCUCAAAAGUUAUCCUGUUGUCUUGGGAUAACAUUUGUUAUUUCAAGAUAAUGAUUUAAAUAGGAAGGAAAUAAAAUGUAUAAAUGUAUGGCCGCUUAGGGCUUACAUACAUAACGCAACACAAAAACAAAACAUUGUCAUUCCAAUCCCAACACACACUGUCUCCACACACUGGGCAUGUUUACUCAGUUUGUUUUGAGGCGGGGGUACUGGUUUCAUCCUUUACACUGUUACCUGUUCAUCUUCGCUCUCAGGACCCUUAGCUUGCACCGCUGCCCACCUGGGUGUGUGCCUGUCCAUGUGUGUGUCUGAAUGUACAGUAUAAAGUUUGUCUUUACAUCUUAUAACAGUCUUUCUGUCUGAAUAAAGCUGUUUCUUUCAGCACUGUAUGUUUCUGUAUCUUCGUUAGCUCUGUGUGUGCGUGCGAAAUGGAUGGUAAUGGAGUAACGCAUUCAUAGAUUGUUUGAGUGGGGUUUUUUUUUCUUUCUGCAUAAUGAGACUCUUGCCACAGAACAACAAACUGCAUCUUGCAUAAUCAGUUGCUUGGUAUGAAUAUCAGUUUGUUUUGUGCAUAACAAAUGUAUACAG